CGUGCAGUAGACAGGUUCCACCGUCAUCGUUCACGAUGACAGAAAUGGGCUCGGCGGCGCGGUUAUCGUUGCUCGGCCUCCUCCUGUGGCUGCGGCUCGGCGGGGCCGCGGCCCGCAGCCCCCGCACCGCGGACCAGGUGUCCGAGGCCGACAUCCAGCGUCUCCUGCACGGCGUCAUGGAGCAGCUGGGCAUCGCCCGGCCCAGGGUGGAGUAUCCCGCGCACCAGGCCACCAACAUCGUCGGGCCUCAGAGCAUACAGGGUGGUGCCCACGAAGGGUUGCAGCACCUGGGCCCUUACGGAAACAUCCCAAACAUUGUGGCUGAGUUGACGGGAGACAACGUUCCCAAAGACUUCAGUGAUGACCACGGAUACCCAGACCCUCCGAACCCCUGUCCCCUGGGAAAGACAGCGGCAGACGGGUGUCUGGAAAACGCUCCGGACACGGCCGAGUUCAGCAGAGAGUUUCAGAAACACCAGCACCUAUUCGACCCAGAGCAUGACUACCCGGCCCUGGCGAAGUGGAACAAGGAGCUUUUGUACCAAAAACUGAAGGGAGGACCAAAAAGAAGAAAAAGGGGUGUCAACCCGUAUUUAAUGGGCCAGAGGCUGGACAAUGUUGUCGCCAAGAAAUCUGUUCCUCACUUCUCUGAGGAAGAGGAGGGGGAGGAGGCGCCGACUGUCUCUGCUGCCACUAAACCCACGACCUAAACUCCUGCACCUGCGGCACUCGCUGUAAUAUUAAAGUAUACUCUCGGAUAAAAGUUUUUAACACGACAUAUUCAGGCAUUUAGGUUAACAAGCAAUGGAAUAAUGACUUCACUGCAGGUCACUGUGAAAUAAGCAACAUUAAAGUAAAGUGGAGAAAAGAUGAGAAAUUUGAGAUGUUUUUAUGGUAUUGCAGUGAUAUUAAUGAGCCCAGAUCUUGUUUACUAAUCAGGCCCAUCAUACUGUGUGUGUGUCUGUCUUUAUUUUUAACAUACAGGCAUUAUAAUCCGAGUCCCGUGGAAACAAAAUGUCAGGGCUCAGUUGUCGUCACGGGCUAGGCCGGAUUACCAGCUAGGCAAAGUGGGCAACAGCCCCCGGGGGCGCCAAGAGCCCCUGGUUCACUCCGCUUGGUUUUUGUCUACAUUAAUUUGAUUAAUUGCAAAUUUAAUUCGAAUUUUGCACCACACAAGUACAAUAUCAACCAUCACAAGUCCUCCAUCAGAACCCCCGAAAUGUUGAGUUUACUAUGAUAGAAAACUGGGGGAACUAGUGAAAAUUAAUAUUUGGGAAGCUGGUUCU